UAUUGAUGUUUGCUGAACCAUUAGCCUAUGAUUCUACAGUAAAAUUAACUCUAACUCAUAAUAUAUCUACCUUUAAAAUGAUUGAUAUUAGAUUUGAUCUAAUGCAAACUAUUGGCAGUAUUAAAGAAUCUAUCGAAAAAAGGUAUGGCAGCGAUCCUAAAUUUAUGUAAUUGCAAUUAAAGGAUAAAUAAGUAUAAAGCUAAAAAAUAUUUAGGGAAACUUCAUAACAUAUAUGAAUGAUGAUGUAAAAUUUUUAGGGACAUAUGGAGCAAAAGAUGGAUAUGAAGUACACAUCAUUGACAACAAUCCAAAUAGUGUUCUUAAUGGAUUAGAAGAUGUCAAUAAAGUUUAAAAAUAUACAAUCAGUGAUGAGGAUUAUGAUAAAUUACCUGUAAAUAUGAGGAAAUUCAAAUAAUAAUUUUUAUAAUAAUAAGCCGCUGGAGGAAAUUUAGGUUAGAACAAACCUGAAAUUGGUGAUACAUACUAAGAACAGGAGGCAUUGCAAAUUGUGAUUGGAUCUCGUUGUUAAACAAAGUAAGGGGAGAGAAGAGGAACUGUUCGUUAUGGUAUAUAUUUUUAUUUAGAUUUUAAGUUGGAUAGGUUCCAUAAAUGGGAUUAGGCUAUUUUGUUGGAAUUGAAUUAGAUGAGCCUACAGGAACAAAUAAUGGAAACAUUUAGGGCUUUCAAUAUUUCUAAUGUCCUCAAAAAUUUGGAAUAUUUGUAAGACCAAAUGAAAUAAUUGUUGGUGAUUAUCCAGUCCUCGAUUUAGAUGAAAUAUGAUAAUAAGCAAUAUUUAGUUUUAAUAUUAGUAAGAAAUUAU